AUGGACACUGAGGAAACUCAUGGGGUUUUGUCAAGCAGACUUCCAACAGUGGACUCGACCAUGCAGGAAAAACCCUCAGCUGCAUCUUUGCAGGACCUGCAAGCGGCCCACUGUGUGCAGGAAGUACCAGACUGUGGAACUCCUAUCCAGUCAGCUAUUACAAGCUUCAGCUCCUACAGUCUUUGCAAUGAGGAGCCCUUCUGUAGGAUUUGCCACGAAGGCAGUAACAAUGGGGAUCUCCUGUCUCCAUGCGAGUGCUCUGGUAGUCUGGCGAUGGUGCACAGGGGUUGUCUGGAGCACUGGCUGACGGCCUCAAACACAAGUCACUGUGAACUGUGCCGCUUUGAAUUUGCCUUGGAACGCCUGCCAAAGCCACUCAGUGAGUGGCUGGAGACUCCAGCUAUGCUGCACCAGAGAAGAGCACUGUGUGGAGAUGCCAUCUGCUUGAUGUUCAUAACUCCAUUAGCAAGCCUCUCAGGCUGGCUCUGUGUCCAAGGGGCAAUGGACCUUUACUACAGCAACAGUAUGGAAGCUAUUGGACUUAUCGUUCUGACACUUGCACUAUUCACCAUCUAUCUGUUCUGGACAAUUGUCUCGUUACGCUAUCACAUUCAUCUCUUCAAUGAGUGGAAAAAGACCAAUCAAAACGUUCGGCUCCUCAUUCCACGACCAGCAAUAUUACCCUGCAGUCAGCAACACCAGCUCCUUGUUGAAAACUCAAGCAAAGAUAAAACAAAGGAGACCGUGGUUUAGCGGGACAUUCUUAUUUUUUCGCUCCAGGGAGAAUUUACAGAAUUGGAACGCAAUCUGUUCCACUCCAAUCUGCUCAAUUCUGAAAACACAACUGUAAUUAUUUGUCAUUAUUAUUUUUAAAAGUUUGAAAGCGUCCUGUUUUGUUGUCUUCUGGAUUAUAUUGUUUUCUUACAUUUCAAAACAUUCACAUGAAAAGACCUUUGAAAUUUUGGAUAUAAAACAGUUAGCUUUUCUAGGAUUUCAAAGUCAUCCUUUGAUUGUGGGCAAA